GGCUGUAUAUUAGUAAAAUGAGCUGCCGACCAAGAUGUCUGACUAUUACAGCAAUCUGAAAACGGGAGGCCGACGAUCGACUUUUGAAAGCAAUGGACUUAUCCGUUACCUGAAUUCGCCUCAGUCGGACAGAGGGAGCUCGACGGCAUUUGUAUUUGCUCCUUAUUCCUAUCACAGGUUGGACGAGGCAGCCACCUGGGAAGAUUUUGAUUCAAAGAUACGCUCCGUCGGAUAUCAUCUGGGAAAAUACGUCGAGCAUAAAGAUUGCAAUAAGGCCUCAGAAUGUGUGGUCACAGAGUAUGGCCAAGAAGCCGCAGUAUAUUCCCAACAAAGUGAUAGCCUUAUCCGUUACGGCGACGGAAACAUGUCCAGUAACGGAUGGCGGCACAAGGUGGAAUCCGAUAUGGCCAUCUCGGGCCUGGUCGCAUUAAAGAAUAUCUUGGACCUACUUUAUGAGAACGGCAGACACAUAAUUGACAUUGCCGGCUCUCUUACCAUGUGGUCAAUAUUAAUGUCCGCAUCGUAUCUAGUACGCACCCGACAUUACAGUCCAUACCUAGACAAUGGAGCUUUCGUGACGUUCUGCGCAGCUGGCUAUUAUACUGUAUCCUCGACAUGCCAGCUAUUUCAUGUCGGACUGCGGACUCUGGCCAUCAAUCGGUGCCACUGCAUCGUGACAUCGCUACACAGCCGCGUGCUAGCCGGUACUAUUGAGCAGCAUGAUGUCAAAUACCUUCAUAACUAUUGGUUUCGUGCUCUGAGCUGGUACAAAGUCGAAGAUAGAUUAGGGAGACGACAGUAUGGGACGCCUUAUGGGUGCUAUGUGGAGAGAUCUCUUCCGUCAUCUCAGUAUGUGAUUCCCCUGGACGAUUGAUAAAGAGAAAUGCGGAAGAAUAACUAAGAGAAAGAUGGUGAUAUGUAUAAGUAAAUUCAAGAGAUAUAAAGUCACAUGCUGAGUGAGAUAAGAGAAGGGAGAGAAUAGUGGCAAUAUUUCAUGAAUACGAACUCGACCAAGUACUCGUGAAAUCCGCUUACUUAAG